GGGGAACGGGAAUUUCACAGUCCCGUACUCCAAGGCAUGACAGGCCAAUAGCCCGGCGAGUCCAUCUCGGACUUUGCGACCCGCGUCCUCGCCUUCAGCAAGCUGGUGGCCGAAAAGGAAUAGCGGCAGGCCAUGGAUGCAGCCGAAUUGCUACAGCGACAGGAGGAAGCCGCUGAAGCUCAAUGUCGGCAGCAGGAGGCAGCAACAAAUGCAGUUCCACGCCUCCGACAAAAAGCUUCGGCAAGCCUGCAGCAGCAAGAGCUGCAGUACGCAGCCACACUGCGCGAUUGGCAUUUUACCCCGACGGACGGUUACAGUCAACCAUUGGCAGAAGAGAAGACAAAGGAUGACAUCUCCAAGCUCAUCGCGAGACUCCUGCUGACCUGCAACUGGCAGCAGCACGAGUUACAGCGGCUCGAUUGCUGUGGUCAAAGACUUGAGGACCACGACACGUUGAUGACGAAAGACUUUCAAUGGUUGCUUCUUCCCCCAUCCCGUUCAUUGCCGAAACCGCAUUGCAACACCCUAAUGGCGGAGCUACGCAAGUAUCUGCACGCUGCAGUACCAACUCUGUUGAUGGAUGACGGAGUAACGGCUGUUGACCUUCGCGAGUAUAUUGCGAAGAUCGACAGUCUACGCUUGCGCACAACCGGAGACGGCAUCGACUUCUCACCAUCGUCGCGGGCACACGACCGUCUUCAGUGCGUGGCGUCCAAGGUUGUCUGCAGAGGCGGCGCUGUGUUCGUGCACGUGGCGGCGUUUGUGCAGUCGUGUGUAGUUAUUGACAUGAUGUCCUUGGAAGCGGCGUCGGGGAUGGAUAUUGACGGCGAGGUCGGGCGUGACGGUCUGUCGACGGCAGAGAGGACGGCUGUCACUGCGGCGGUGAAUGUCGUCCUUUUCCGUUGCCAAAUGGCGAGCAGAGAGGGGAAGUUCAACGCGGCCGUUCGUGCACGCCGCAAGCUGUCUGCGCUGCCGACGAGUGGCCAGUGCUUGGACGUCGGUGCCAUUUCCGACGCGGUGCUGCAGGUCUGCUACGCGAUGGGGUGCGGCGCGUUUCCACAGGCGACUCCAAGGUGGUGGAUGAAGCGGCGGACGGGAGGUACGUGGGAGGAUCUGCGGCAAUGUGAUGACGCGACAGAUGAGUACUUCAAGGACAAGCUUCGAAUGUCGCCGCGUGUUUUCCGCGAGAUCGCAAAGACUCUUUCCCCACUCCUGCAACGCCGUGUGACGUUCUACAGGGUGCCCUUGCAGCCGGACCACAUCAUCGCCUACGCUCUGUAUAGGUGGGCGACGGGGGAGACAUACGACAGCGGGACGUGUAGCUUCGACAUUGGCAGGUCUUGUGGCAUCACGGCGGUGCUAGACGUCACUACGACAUUGCUUACUGCGUACCCCGAUAAGAUAUCCUGGCCCGUAGGUUUGCAGAAGGCAGUCGUCGUGCGCGCCUUCGCAGACAAGGGUUUUCCAAACUGCCAUGGGUGCAUGAUCGACUGCACCCACAUCUACAUCGACAAGCCCGCCAACGCCAACGGGGAGGAGUACUGCGACAGGAAACGUCGAUUCUCCGUGCAGGCGCAGGUGGUCGUCGACAUAAACUUGCGUGUGCUCGACGUCUUCGUCGGUUACCCGGGCAGUGUGCAUGCCAUGAGGAUGCUGAACCUGUCCAGUUUGUGGGCGCGCGCGGAGGAAGGACAACUUUUCACUGGGCCGCAUGUGAUGCUGCCUUUCGGUGUGCGGACUAAUGGCUACUUGCUUGGCGAUAACGGUUAUCCCCCGUCGGAAUGGAUAGUCGUCCCUUACGGCGGUCUCGCACAGCACCCUUCGGAGGCACGAUUCUACAACAAACAGAAGACGGCUAGGGGAGCAGUGGAGAGAGCGUUUGGCAGACUGAAGGGGAUGUGGAGGUUGUUCCUCCGCACCCACAAAGGCAACAUGGAGACCUUGUCGCAACAAUUUAUCGCCGUCUGCAUCCUCCACAACAUACUCAUCGACGCAGGUGUCCCGUUUGACGACAAUCUGUUGUGGGAGGUGGGUUCGGACGGCGUGCGUCGUAGAGUCGAUCUUGGGAUGCAUCAGCCUUUGAGGCCGGUGUGUAUGGAGUCAUCAACGGGCGAUGAGUUGAUAUUGAGGGACGCGCUGGCGGAGCGGAUGAGUGCGCACUGAGGAUGGCCGUGCGUGCAGGCGGAGACCGCGUUGCGGCCUUGAUGAGGCGGAAGAACGGAGCUCUGUGAAGCGGGGAAGUAUCGAAGGGACGCUGCGGCGGGUAGGAAGGGGAGGUCCGCUUCCCACAUGCACUCGCGAUUCUGUGUCUUCACGAUGAUGAUGCGCUCGAGUCUGCUGCCGUCGGGAUGUGCUGUAUUAUUGUCGUCAGGCGCAGUGUGCAUCAUCCCGGUCUAACCCAAGUCGCCGUCCGUCAGGGGGGUAAUCUUCCGUUUUGUGGCGCAGUAGUCGACCCGUGGUGGCGUAGUUCUGGCGAGAAGUGCAUGACGUGUCUCCCGUGGGCAGUGCGCUUAGGUGUCUUUGUGUGUGUGGUGACUACUCGUGGUUUUCGGGGCUCGUUAUAUUUUUUUGUUUCACUUGUUGUGUGUCGAGCAGUGGGCGCGGUUGCACUCAGUGUCGAGUGCGCUAUUGUAAUCGGUGGUGGUGGAUGUCGUCGUUGGCGGAGUCCGCAUGGCGCGGUUGGACGUGCCAUUCGGCGAGAUAGUGAUUGUGAUAACGGGGGAGGUGGGGGUGGAGAUCAUCCAUCUGGUUGCGGAAUGAAAAUGCGUUUGCCUU